AUGCGCCGUUUCAAUCUACUUUUGCUGGCCACGGCUCAGCUGUGCCGGGCUCGUCAUCCUGGCUUUAGUAUCCACGAUGACCUCGUGGCAUAUCCCCAGGCGUUAUUGGACCGCACGAAUCCGCAUUCUGCCUACUCGGCCGAGUUCUCAACAGCUUCCGACGUCUCCCAGAACGUCCGAGAGGCCACCGACGCCGACAAUGGCCGCACCUCUGAGGUCUUUGAGCGAUACGAGCUCAUGAACACGGCUGACUUGAAGUACCUCUGCUCAAUACCCAUCCUGGAGCCCCAGACUCCCGAGAAUCACACGGCGACGGAGCUCGCGAAGCAGGAGGAGGCACGCGAGCUGGCAAAGGCCUCGGCGCACGGCUGGGAGCUGCUGGACGAGCUGGACGGCAAUUGCUUGUACUUCAUGUCAGGCUGGUGGAGCUACAGCUUCUGCUACAACCGCGAGAUUACCCAGUUUCACGCCCUCCCGACGGUCCCCAACGGGCAGCCGCCCGUCCGCGACCCCCACACGGCCGAGUACGUCCUCGGCAGGGUACAGAAGUCACCUAGCCAGCGACAAGGCCAAGAGCAGCAACAGCAGCAGACGACAAAGUCGGGAGACCCUCCCGCGAACACGGAUCUGCAGAUUAAGGGAGACCAGCGGUAUCUCGUGCAAAAGAUGGAAGGCGGCACUGUCUGCGACCUGACGGGCCGCGACCGGACGAUCGAGGUGCAGUACCACUGUGUGCCGGGCAUGAAGGGGGACCGCAUCGGCUGGAUCAAGGAGGUCACCACAUGCGCCUACCUUAUGGUCGUCAACACGCCGCGCUUGUGCGACGACGUCGCCUUCCUCCCGCCGAGGGCCACGAGCGCGAACCCAAUUAGCUGCCAGCUUAUCCUCCCCUCCGACGAUCCCGCCGCUCAGGCCGAAUGGCAUCGCCGGAAGACCUUGGAGGCUGAAGAGUCCAUGGUCGGCAAACAGGAGGGUGCCGCCGCGACAGACGAGGAAGAGGCGGCAGAACUCCUGAAGCAGGCCCAGCAAGAUCCCAACGUGCGAGACAAGGCCCAAAAGGGCGUCAACGUGGGUGGAGUCAUUGUUGGUGCGCGAAACGUGCUCGGCGAUGCGGACGAGGAGGGCAAGCCGCCGACAAAGCUCUCGCCACCGCGCAGCUACCUGCCCGGACGCGGCCACGGCCCGCUGGUCGAGAUUAUUGCCAGCGCCAAGAGCAAAGCCGAAGGAGGUGCGACGGAGAUGCUCGACGAUGACGAGCUCAAGAAGCUGGAUCUGAGUCCGGAGCUCGUCGAGGAGAUGCGGGCUGAGCUGGAGCGCAUCGCCGGGGACAAGGGCUGGAAGCUCGAGGUGGUGGAGCAGCCGGGCGCGCAGAGAGAAAUCCAGGGCAUUGUUGACCACGGCUCUGACAGCGAGGACGGCGAGGAGGCCAAGGGCAAGAGGAAGAAGAAGGUUGUGGAGGGGGGGAAGAAGACGCAGCAAAAGGGUCAGAAGCAGGACAAGCAGGAUCAACAGCAGGAGGGCAGCGAAGAGCAGUUCUUCAAGGAGGAGCUGUAG